UUCUAAUAAAAAUUUAAAAUGUUCAAAAAACCUUGUAAUUUUGGGUAGAGUAGAUAGAAAGGGAAGACGUAUUACAUAAUAUUUCUAUUCACGAAUGACUUUCAAAUUAGAACCCAUCGCAUGUAUUCAACUGCUUUAAAAACAUUCUCAAACCAAGGGAAACUACCACGCUUGCCUAUUCCAGAACUCGAUUUAACUGCUGCACGGUAUAAGCGCAGUCUCCUACCUCUGCUCUCUGCCGCUGAGCAUGCGGAAGUGACAAAAAAAAUAGAUAAAUUUUUUAAACCAAAUGGACUUGCCGAAGUAUUGCAGAAUCGCCUGUAUGAUUUGGAUAAGCAGGAGGCGGUUUUAGGAUUAAAUUGGCUUGAUCGUUUAUGGCUACGGAAGGCAUAUCUUGAAUACCGUAUCCCUACUUUCAUCAACGUUAACUGGUGGAAUCAAUUUCGCGAUCCACCAAAUGGUCUUGUUGAAACAACAAAGGAGGGUAAAGCAUCAGAUUUCCAAAUUAAGCGUUCAGCUGAUAUAAUUAAGGGGGUCGUAGAUUAUUCGAACCGUAUUAAUAACGAGGAAAUACCUCCUGAUAUGACACGUUCUGGACCCUUAUGCAUGCACCAGUUGAAAGGCAUGUUUGGCACAACCCGUAUAGCAGAUCCAUACAUUGAUACUGUAUCGAGUCAAUGGCCCUGCCUAGCAAAACAUAUUACUGUAAUUUAUAAAGAUCAAAUAUUCUCGGUGCAGGUAAUCAAUUCCAUUGGUCAGUCGCUGCCACUAAAUGUCUUAGAGAGCCAAUUACAAAGUGUGAUUAACCAAGUUGAUAAAACUCCUUUGGAGCAGCGACAACCACCUGUAGGCUUAUUGACAACGGAGCAUCGAGAUACAUGGGGUUCUAUCAGGCAACAAUUGCAAAAAGUGCGAACCAACGCAAAAGCUUUGGAAGAAAUUGAUCGAUCUAUCUUCACUCUAUGUCUCGAUGACUAUAGCUCGCCAAUCGAACUUGAUUCAUCGCAUAGAAAUAUAUUUCAUGGCAGAAAAGGAAGAAACAGAUGGUUCGACAAGUGUUUACAAUUCAUUGUAGAGAAUAAUGGUCGAGCUGGUGUCAACGGAGAGCACUCGCCAAUAGAUGCAGUUGUUCCACUACGAGUUGUUGAAGAUGUAUUAGAAAGAGAGCCUUUCAAAGACAUUAAGAUUAACUCCUUUGUUAAUGUCGAAGAGCCCCGACUAUUAACUUGGGAUAUUACCAACAAUUUGAAUGGAAGUAUCAGAAACGCAGAAAAGAAUGCAACAGCUUUGAUUGAAAAUCUUGACAGUGUUUUACUACACUAUGGCAAUUAUGGUUCAGAUUUUAUGAAAAAAGCCAAGAUUAGCCCAGACAGCUGGAUGCAAAUGAUAUAUCAACUUGCUUAUUACCGACAUACUGGGACACACUGUCCAACUUACGAGUCUGCUUCAACGCGUAAGUUUAUAGCAGGGCGUACGGAAACAGUUCGAAGCUGUACAUUGGAGUCUGUUGCAUUUGUACAAGCUUGGGAUAAUAAGGAUGUUAAGAUGAAAGAUAAAUUAAGAUUACUAAAGGAAGCUAUUGCCAGCCAUUCAGAAUAUAUGAAAGCAGCUAGUAAUGGACAUGGUGUUGACCGUCAUUUACUUGGUCUCCGUAGCCAAAUGACGGAAGAUGAAGCAGCAUCUAAUGCAGCUACUAUUUUCAAAGACUCAUCUUACUGGGAUUCGCAAUAUUGGAAAUUAUCAACGUCUAAUACAUCACCGGGAGAUUAUUCAUGGGGAGGAUUUGCAGCCGUUGUGCCCGAAGGUUACGGUAUCAAUUAUGCAAUUGGUAAAGAACGUGUGCGUAUGAGCAUUUCAUCGUGGAAUAAUUAUGAAGGUACCAGCUCUGAAGCCUUUAGAAAGAUAAUUACCACUACACUUGAAGAUUUCGGUGAAGUCGCAGAGAGAGAAAUCAUGACUGAAUGAAGUGUCCAAUUUGAUAAGGUGCAUGAAGUGUUCAAUUUUAAUUCGCAAGCUCAAUAAAAAACAACGGA